GAUUGAUAUCUACAAAAAACAUGAGUGCAUCCCUGGCUCCGAAACUAUCAUUUCAAACUUUCAAAACAGUUGAUAAAACUGUUGACUAUGCCAGUAUGGUGAAGAAACUAUCCAGUUUUCAAAUUGAAAAACUCACAUUCUUCUUUAAAGCAUUUUUCGAUGUAAACAGAGAUGGAAUUGUGAACGAUUCUGAUUUCCGCAGUCUGACUGAAAAGCUUAGAAAAAUUGCAGGUUGGGAAGUGGAUUCCAAGGAUAAUCACGCUAUGGCGGAUGUUAUCAGUGUGUUCCAAGAAUGUUUACUGGACCAGGUUAAACUUGAAAUCGGACUCAAUCAAGAGGGAUUGGAGUUCAGAACAUGGGAAGAGGCUCUGCGACCAAACAAGUUGGUUGUUGAGAGUGUAACCCUGAACCAAUGGUUGAAUAUGUGGGCUAAACUGUGUAAUGGGGCUGGUGGAAUUCAAGAUUUUCCUAUCUGGGUUCAGCUUAUUCCACAGAUCAUGUUUGCAGUCCAGGUUGGACAGAACAAGGACAAAAUUAUCACCAAAGAGUGUCUCAGACAUUUUUAUGAGAACUUCUCAGGGCUAAAGGAUAAACAACUGGAGAAUCUAACAGAGGAAGGAUACUCAACUAUGACAUCGAACGGGGAGUAUGAGUUGAAUGCGGAGACGUAUGAUCUUCUGUUUGCAAAUUUUCUACUCGGUCGAACCAUUUAUGGACCAGGGAAGUUCAUUUUCGGAUGUUUUGACAACAGUGAUCUGCACAAGAAGUACAAGAUACUUCCGGUUAUGGCGUAAACCAAUAUAUGAAACAUCCAGAGAUGCUCAAUAAACAUUUUUAUGAAUGUUACAUUUAAAAAAAAAAAUUUUAAAAUUCAUUAUGCAAUUAAGA